AGGAGGAAUCCGAAAGAGGAAGUUUAAAGUGUACCCCAAUAAACAGAUAAUUACUUUAAUCAGAAAAUGAGCUGCAUCAUUUUUUGCCAGAUUUUGAAAAUUACAAUUUUUUGUGUGAAGAUUGAAAAAUAAUGGAAAACUUAGCAGGGAAGGAGUUGGGUGACUGUGCACUUACUGAGUUUGUGAGCAAGGGGAGUUUUGGGUUUGUGUAUAAAGCCCGACUGAAGGAGGCAGGUACCACGGGGUUCAAGAGCGAAAUUUAUGCCGCCAAGCUUUUAAGCCUAGAAAAUGCCACAGACCGUCAUCGAGAACUUGUCAACAGAGAAAUAGAGAUUUUACAGCAAGUGGACCACCCAAAUGUGGUACAUUAUCACUACCACAUAGUGGUGGACAAGAUAGCAUGUAUAGUAAUGGAGUACUGCGGCGGGGGUACCUUGUAUCAACACAUACAGAAUCUUAAGAAAGAUAACAAGGUUAUGGACGAGGAGGAGUUCGUUAGUACAUUAGUACAAAUCUCCAAAGGCGUAGAGUUUCUUCAUGACAACGCUGUCAUACACCGAGAUCUGAAGACCAAAAACAUGCUGUACACAGACGACAGGAAAGUGAUCAAAAUCGGAGACUUCGGGGUAGCCAAGCUUAUAAGCAACAGUCCUGAGAUGUCGGUUUUAGUCGGAACACCGUAUUAUCUGAGCCCGGAGAUUCUCGAAGAAAAACCGUAUGAUGAAAAGACAGACAUUUGGAGUCUUGGGUGCUCCUGUUACGAAAUGGCGACAGGGAAUUAUGCAUUUCAUCUCGAUACAAUGGAAGCCUUAAAAGAGGCUGUAUGCAACGGGAAGCUCCCGGAGAGUCCGCCUAUUUCAUACAAUGAAGACAUCGAAAAUCUGAUCAAGCAGAUGCUGUCUAAAGUGAGCGCAGAUCGACCAACUAUAAAACAAAUCCUCAAGUUUCUCCAGGAGCCACAGACAUAUAGACCAAAAAGAAAUGAGCCAUCUUCUCUGAAGGUUACAGGAAAUGUUUCUCCGGAUUCAAAUGUUUACUGUUAUAAAGGAAUGGAGGAAAAAAUGAAGAAGAAAAACAGAAAAUUUUGGGAAAAGGAGUCAGAAAAACUACAGAAAACACUGAUUAAAAAUCUUGACCACUAUCAAGCUCCCGAAAUUCUUGUAAAAAUAAAGAAAAUGCAAAGAAAAGGCACGGAGAAGAAAGAUAUUCAGAAGGAGAUAAUUCGCCUUUUUGAUAAUGCUACAUGUGUUAAGCUUUAUCCUUUGAUAGCGGCCAUGGACUGUUUUGAAAAAGGAAUCAGAGAGACACAAGGACCAACAGAAUUUGAUAUGUCACUUUCUGGAACCUUAAGUAUUAUUCCAAAGGAUUAGAAAGAAGACAAAUAUUUGUGAUAGUAUCUGAGGAUCGGAUCAUGUAAUUAUAUGGAC